AUGUCUCUGCGUCCGUCCACUGCUCCUCUGCGUGCCCCUUUGCCUUCUCCUCCUGAGUCCUCUCUUCCUGCUCUUCCCGACCCGGAGUCGGACUCUCUUCGUGCUGCCAGUCCUACUGUCACGCGUCUCCUUGCUACUGUUGUCACUGACCCUUCCUUUGAGUCCACUGCUGCGUCUGCCCUAGUUACUGAGCUCGUCGACUUUGCUGCUCGCUGUCGUCUAGACUACGCUGCUAGUCUUGUAGUUGAGUCUGAGUCUGUCUGUCCUCCGUCCGUCGGGGGUGAGUGUGCCCUUGGCACGGACGUCCUUGAGGACAGGCAGGAGGAGUUCCAGUGUUUGGCUGCUGCUUCACCUCAUCUCGUGUCCGUACUGCUUACCCCUGAGGGAGACCCGGAUGCACUUGACAUCCCGACUCCGCGCUCUUACGCGGAGGCGAUAGAGGGUCCCUACUCCUCUCAGUGGCAGGCAGCUAUGGACGCAGAGAUGGCUUCCUGGAAGUCCACAGGCACCUACGUUGACGAGGUUCCUCCGCCUGGGGCGAACAUCGUCAGUGGCAUGUGGAUUUUCAGGGUGAAGCGGCCGCCGGGUUCUCCGCCUGUCUUCAAGGCGCGUUACGUGGCUCGUGGCUUCACUGCACUCUCUUGA